AACAAUUGUCAUUUCUAAUUAGUGGAUUCCUCCACCUAGAAUACCAAAUCUACCCUUGCUCCCACCAACUAUUUACCCCCACACCCCAAAACUUCGGUCUCACGGAACUCCCGUCCCUCAAAUUCCUCCUCCCCCUCAUCAGGAUCUCACUCACCACAAAUACAUACGAAACCCUUUCCCUUUCCUUUUCAAUCUUGUAUCUCGAAAAAUUCGAAUCGACCCCCCGAGUUAACUCAGCGCAGUACCCGAGAGCCGCCAUGAGCGACGACUCCCGAGCUCGACCCGACGACUCCCGAGCUCGACCCGACGACCCGUUCCUGCUCAACUACGACCCGACGGAGCUCCGGAUCGCUUCGGAGUUCCUCUCCAACUGGCUCCCUUUCCUCUCCAGAGAUCUCUGCUCCCACUGCCGUCACACCCUCUCCAAACGCGUGAAAUCCCUCGAUCCAGAAAUUGGUGGAGACGUGGAACCCAUAAAACAAGAUGAGAAUUUGGCAGUUCUGACCCUGGAUAAUGUGGAGGCAAAACAUGUUAAUACGAAUGAAGACGAUUAUGAUACGAAUUCUCUGGGUAGUUGGAAGGCUGCUGAGGACAUGAAUGACACAGCAGAUACAAGUUCAUUUGGGAGUUGGAAAGAUGAGGCAAAUGGUUUGUCAGGAGACUCAGGACCCAAUUCAGAAGGCUCAACCAGCGAAAAGGUUGGCUCACUGGUGGUUCCUGCAGCGAGCCCAAAGGUGCGGAUGUCUUGGGCUGAUAUGGCACAAGAAGAUGAACAUGAUUUUGAGGAGGAAGAGAAUGAAAUAAGUAGGGAGUCUAUUGAUGGUGUUUCUCAAUCAGGACAGGGGAUAGGGAAAGUGAAAGUUCAAGUUCAGCAGAAGCCGGAGUUAUCUAGGGAUCAGAGGGAGUAUCUCCGCUUCAGUAACUUGCAGAGGAACAAGGAUUUUAUUUCCCUGGAGAGAGUUAAUGGAAAGUUUGUCAACAUUCUUGAUGGGCUGGAGCUUCACACUAAUGUGUUUAGUGCUGUAGAGCAGAAGAGAAUUGUUAACUUUGUUUACGAGCUGCAGGAGAGGGGAGAGAAAGGUGAAUUCAGAGAGCGCACUUACACUGCACCUCGAAAGUGGAUGAAGGGCAAAGGGCGUGUGACUAUUCAAUUUGGUUGCUGUUACAACUAUGCAAUGGACAAAAAUGGAAAUCCACCUGGCAUCCUUCAGAAUGAAAUGGUAGAUCCUAUUCCUAAUCUUUUUAAGAGGAUGAUAAAGAGGCUUGUUAAAUGGCAUGUUCUUCCUCCAUCUUGCGUGCCGGACAGUUGCAUAGUCAACAUUUACGACGAAGGGGACUGCAUACCUCCUCACAUUGACAACCAUGAUUUCGUUCGACCUUUUUGUACCGUUUCAUUUCUUAGCGAGUGCAACAUAUUAUUUGGAUCAAACCUGAAGGUUUUGGGACCUGGUGAAUUCAGUGGUUCCACUGCAAUUCCCUUGCCUGUUGGGUCUGUCCUUGUUUUGAAUGGAAAUGGGGCUGAUGUGGCUAAACAUUGUGUACCUGCAGUUCCUACGAAAAGGAUAUCUAUUACAUUCAGAAAAAUGGAUGAAUCAAAAAGGCCUGUUGUGUUUAUCCCAGAACCUGAUUUGCAAGGGAUCAAGCCAUUGUCGUAUGAAACUGAAAGAUCAAAAAGGGCAACUCCAUCAAGACCAAACCUUCCUGUGAGGAGGCAGUCAUUUACAAGGGAGGAUAACAUGGAUAGAACGAGGGGACUGCUAGGGAGAGGUGGCAACUACUCUGAACCUCAACUUCAGAUUACACUGGGUCCUUCUAAUAGGCGGAGAGUCAGGGUGAAUUUGGGCACUUGAUGAUAUAUAUAUAGGGGAGUGUUAGUAGAUAUAUCAGCUUCUGUCUUCGACUCGAGGGUUUCUUAUGGUGUUUCAACACGUGGAAAAGGCUAGUGAUUUUUUCUAUUAAAUUUGUCUGCAUAUGGUUGACCAAACAGCUAUUUGAGUUUCAUUCUUCUGGAGAUAUUAAGCGGUUUUUAUCUGAAUUGCAUGUGAAAGAUUGGAAGAAGUUGGACUUCAGCCUCUGAUAGCUCUGGGUGAUUUCAAAUUCUGCUUUGACGAUAGAUUUGUGCGGUGAGGGUUGGUUAAAUCUCCAACUUGUAGCCAUCUUAUGCAUAGAUGGAUCAUCUAGUUUUUGUGCUGCAAUAAAUUGCUUAUUGUAUGAGCAUUUUGCCUCUGCAUAAUUAUGGACAAGCGCCCGGUUUUCUUCUCUGCUCCAUGCCAUUUCAAAGAUUUCGCUGUGGAGCUUAUAAAGUUGACUCGAGCUUGUUUUGCUGCUGCUAAAUAUAGAUAUGUUUCAUGUUGGAUUGCUUUAUCUUAUUCACUCUGAAUAUUGUACCAGAUUGCAUAGUGGAGUUUCAGUAUGGGAGUGUUUUUGAAUGUGUAUUCUGAUGCAA